UUGGCUAUAGCUUUCUUGGUGUCUGUGUCCCACGCGCUGCAAGGAUCUGCUCUGGAAGAGGCCCGGCUGCAUCGGGAAAAUCUUGUGAAGAAGUAUUUGAAGAAGCUCAAGAAGGAGGAUGGCGCGAUCAAGUUGGUUGGCGGGCGAGGUGAUUUCGAAGGCAAUGUGGAAAUUUUUCACGAUGGAAAAUGGGGCGCAGUUUGCGACGACGAGUGGGACUCGUUCGAAGCGGAGGUAGUCUGCCGGCAGCUCGGUUUCCCGGGUCACAUCAAGGCCACCCACAGUGGCUUCUUUGGCAAAGCCAAGCGAAAGUUUUGGAUGGACAAUCUGUUCUGCGGUGGUAAAGAGACGGAGCUAGCACACUGCCACUUUGAUGGAUGGGGUCACAGUGAUUGUGAGUCGAGCGAAUCAGCUGGGGUUAUUUGCAAAAAUGAUGACGAAGGUGGAGUGAGUACGACACCUAAGCCGGUUCCAGAAAAGUUUAAGCCGAAAAAGAUGCCGCUGAUGAAGGACCUGGAGGUGCGACUGGCCGGUGGGAGGAUUCCUAAUGAGGGUCGAGUUGAG